AUGCAGGACAGCGCCGCCACGGCGGCCGCCAAGCUCUCGGAGCGCAAGCGCCUCAAGCACCGCGAGUACGUGAAAAAGUCCUACAAGAAGAAGCUCCACGAGAAUGACCGGCUGUACCAGCUCAACGCCUACCACAUGAAGCUCGAGAGCCGCAUGGGCCAGUUGCUGGACGCCUCCGAGGCUGCCAAAGUGCCGCUGCCGGGUGUGUCCUCCUCGCGCCGGUUCCACAUUCGCCCGCUGCCGACCGCGGCGUACGCGAAAGUGAUCGACGACGCCACAAGCGACGUGCUGCGCUUCGCGCGCAGCCCGGCGAAGCUCAGUACCGGGGCCCGAGUGUUCGGCUGGACCGACCAGCGCGAGGUCCAGGGACGCACGCUCAAGUUCGCGCUGCAGAAGGAGUUCGCCCUCGCGCCGCGCGACCUCCUGCAGCGAAGCUGGUCAAUCUUCUCCGACACUCAGGAGUUCCCCAAGAUCUACGGCUCGGCGCUGGACGUGCAGUUUCACUUUCUGCAGCACGUCGACGCCGACACGAUCCUGUUUUACAGACGCAUAGCACACCCGGCAGAUAGCUCCCGGGCAGUUAAAACGGUCUUCUUGCUCGCGAGACGGCAAAUUGCAGAGGGGUAUCUUCUACUCUUUCGGUCUAUUGACAAGGACCUCGUGCACUUCGAAGAGGUGGAUGUCGGCGGCGAGCCGGAAGUCCGCGUGGAUCCGGACGCGACGCUCGAAGUGUUGUCGACCGAGACGUGGGUCGAUAAGUACAUUUGGGUGCUGUUCUACAACGUACCAGACCAGCCCAAGAAGUGCUUGUUCCACUUCGGCGGCGCCACCACCACCACACUCUGGCUGCGCGAGGUGUUGUUCGUCGCUGUGCGAUGGGAGAGCAUGGCUGUGGGCUCGCAGUUCACGCUCACAGCCGAGUGA